CCUUCUUUCUCUCUUCGUUACGCAGCUAAAUGCAUUUGACCAAACAAGAACAUUUUCACAAGCCAACACAAACUUCACCUGCUUAGUGCCAUAUGUCGUAGAAACAGAAAUUCAGAGCUGGCUUCUUGCUGCACUCCUUCCUCGCUGCCUGACCAGGUUUCAAGGUUGGUAGCCUGCUCAAAAUAUAUUCACAAAUCAACCCAACCCAAAUCAUGCGCCGCGAUCAGCAACCAUUGCAGAACCCCGACGAGAUUGGCAUAAGCAAUCCCCCAAAUGGCUAGCAAAAAGCAGUCGGCACUGAGCCGCGCCAACAACACCCGCCUCCUUAACGACCUCGUCCUGGGACAUGUCGGUCGUGUCUCGUACAUCCCACGACUGGACCGUGGUGAUGACGACAACGACGACGAUAAUGGGCCUGGAGAACUGUUUAUUAACCGAACCGUCAAAGAUGUCCCAUCAUUCCAAGAGGUAACUCCCUUUGAUGAAUGGUAUUCCCCUUCUCAAUCAUCGACCCCUGUCCAGCCGCCGACGGGCUUCAGUGCCCAACGCUCUCAGCAGCACUACCUGCUCAAAGAGCACCCGGAGGCCUUCCUCGGCCUUGCGGCAGACCUCAAAUCUGCGCUGCAGGAGGAUGUGGCGCUGUGGCGCACCGAGUCCAAGCGCCAACAAUCGUCAAGGACCAAAAGCUUACUCCCGCUGGUUGGAGUCGGCGAGAUCACGGACCGCACGGCGCACAACAAUACUUGCACCGUGCUUGCUGUUGUUUGCGGCGAGGCAGGCGAUGUGGUGCGCCUCGUGAGGCUGCAUGAGGAGCGGAAGUCCUGGGGCGGGGAGGCCGGCGACGGUGCAGGCGUCCUCCUCAAGACGCCCGAUUCCGGGUACGAGGGGUUCUGGCAUGCCGACGGCUUGGCGAUUUCGAAACUGCAACUCGUAUCGUUCCCAAGGCGCCAUCACGGCAUGCGGAGAUGGCUCGUUGUCCAAACAGCUACAGAAACCCAUCUUUUCGAACCUGAGGUGCUCACAGUCCCUAUCUGGAACAAAUUCGAUGGACAUGCAGGAGAGGCCUUCUCAGGUCCUGCAUACAUCCAGAUGACGCCCAUGCUGAGCAUCAAAGCUCAAGGGAGACAAAAUGCUGAUUUCAUGUUCAAUUUCGAGGAUGAGGAGAGGACCCCGCAGCUGGCGAUUGUUGACGUGGAUGGCUACUGGAACGUAUGGCACAUACAAAGCAACGAAAAGCGCAGGCGAGAUGACUUGAAAAUAAACGCAUCCUUGCGCAGCUCAGGGCAGAUGCCUGACAACGCUUUUGCGGAUAUUGAAAGCCAGCAUGAACUGUGCCGAGUUUUGUGGACUACUCCUCUACGCAAUGUAGGCUGGCGGCAUCAUGCUGGCGAGGAGCACCAGAGAGCCUUGGUGGUAUGCACGCGGAAGACCUUGGUCAUUUUUGACAUCAAUGGAAACUCGGCCGAUCACCCAGAGACUCUAUUACCGUGGCUCGUCGACCCCAAGAAAACAGAGAGCAUCCUAGAUAUUGCCAUCUGCCCUGGAGACCCAUCCAAGAUUUUUGUAUUGACCAGCACCACAGUCUUUUGGCUCGAGUUGAGGCAUUCAUCGGAUGCUUCAGAGCCAUUUUCGGUCACUGUGCUGCUCUCCUGUCCUCACCUACGGAGCCCUAUUGACGACACCUUACGGAUGAGCAUCACGCGGCCAGCAAGGGACGAGCGGUGGCUCGUUUGCAUAUUCUCGGGAACGGGCAGCUCAAGGACAACGCUGUUCUGGUUCCGCAGCCCGCAUCUACGCUCCGAGACUGCUACUUUUUCCCACCAGACCGCCAACCUGUCUCUUCCUGAUGAUGCCAGUCAUAUCCGCUCGAUCGCCCUUGCGCCAAGCACCCUGGGUAUACCCCUGACUUCAACUGGCUAUCAACCAAGAAACAGUCACUUUGCUCAAUUACUCGUCCUCACUAAGUCUCUCGGUCUGCACUCGGCCCUGUGCGCCAUCACAGUCACCCCUUCGCAUCACCACCGUCCGCCGCCAAUCCCUGCCCCUGAAACCCGUAAUGUGACCGAUGUUAGGUACCGGUCCGUGGACGUAAAGCGCAAGAAGAUCAUCUCUCAAUUCGCCGACGCGUUUGUGGUGCGCGAUGAUUACGCCGUCUUGCUUGAGCACGGGCGGCGGUACAAGAUGCAGCAAGAGGCUGAGGAGGCUGAUUAUGAGCACAGGGCCCGCCUGGAGAAAGUCAAGCAGGAGACUGCUAUCAAAGGAGAUUUUCUGGAUCUGGGACCCGUGAUGCAGAUAGUGAUGGAACGCGUAGCCGCCAAAUUGAAGGGAGUUUGGCCUGAAGGGCAGGAUGCUAAGGGCGGUUCUGUGUCGAAUUGUUUCGCAAUCAUUCGACGUCUUGCUGAGGACGGCUUGGCGAGUGCCCAUCUUCCAAUAACCACAAUUCUCGAAGCAUGUACUCAAAUCAACCCCGGAGAUCUGGUUACACAGAUCGGGAGCCACCGCUGGAUAGAGGAGCUGGCGCAGCUAAAGGAAUUUGCCGCUACAGCCGAGAUGUUCGAGGUAAAUGACCUGACAGGUGACAAAUCCGCUGUUACAGACCCAUCAGCCAUUUUUGAGCGACUACUUCAUCUCUGGACCUCAAGCCUUCCUGCGGACCUACUUGACGAAAACCAAGCACGAGAACGAGAGGCGUUGGUAGCGUCCAUCGCAGGCGAGAUUUCUCAAGCGCAGGCUGGAGUGUCCGUUGCCCCGAGGCCACCAGCUCCCAAGGAACCCGAAAGCUUAUCACACGAAGAACUCAAAGGCUCUUCACAGCCCGAAUUAGGACUUCCAUCACCCUCAGCGACGCCAUCAUCAUCGCGAGCGCCUUCAGAAUCUCGCUCGUUGUACAGCGACCAGGCCUCGUCCGUGCCCGACAACGAGGUAUCGGAACAUCAGCAGGAUCCCGCAGCGAUUCGCCUAGCCCGCUACGCGACUUCGAUAGGAUAUGUUCCCAAAAGAGAUGAAGAAUCGGCGCUCUUGGCACGCUGGCCAUCCGAGCCGGGCUCCAACCCGGCCGACUUUGGCUGGUCUUGGGCAGGAGGAGAGGAGCGUCGGUUGGCUGCGCGGCUCCAGGCGACUCGCCGAGCAAAAGAGGCCAGGAGACUCCGGAUGGCGGAGCGGAGAGCCGCAAUGGGUUUGUCACAGGAGCCAGGUAGCGGCAGCGUGGUGGUGGGUGGCAGUAGCCAGGCGCCGAGGAUCGCAGCCUCGAGCCAGGCGAUUGGGACGAUGCCGCAGACGCAGACGCAGAUAAUGUCCUCACAGCCCGCUAGUCAAGGGGGUGUGGCCAUGUCGCAACCUGUGCUGGGACGUCAUGGGAGUCGGCCUGUGCUGGGCAAGAAGAAGGCUGGAAGAGGGAGAAAGAUUGGUUUCCGAUAGAGGAAUGCCGGUUAUCGGCAGUCUAUUGCGGUUACACACGGCUUUUACUCUGGUCAAGUGGACGUGGAGGAUCGAUACUGAUAGGUCAGUGUGAGCUCUUCCCGGGUACUUGAGCAUAUUUGGAGUAUUCAAACUCCACAAUUUUGUUUGGGUAAGGAUAUAUGUUAGUAGGCAUGGUAAUCAAUCAACUAUCAGGGUGCUUGCUUACCUACAUUGGGCAAGGACGGGACCAAGCGACGUUUGACUGGGGACUCCGAAAUCGGCCGCUGGUGCCCCUCUAUGACAGAAUUCAUUGACUCGCCUGGGCGUGGUCGCAUUGAAUUUGUAUAAUUAACCCCGCCAAACGCGUAGAGAGCUCGUACUGUUGGUUAAAGUUCUGGUUUUGAU